CGUGUGCGUGUGUGUGCAUGUGUGUGCGUGUGCGUGUGUGUGUGCGUGUGUGUGUGUGUGUGUGUGCUUUCUUUCUUUUGAGGGUCCGUGCCAUGCCAGGUAUCCCUGGAAGCUUGAACUGUGAUGAGGAUGAGGUUGGUAACCAGGACAGCUGUGGUCAAGCUCCAAAAUGGAACACAGACAGUCAAUGACAGCGUUUGAGGGGCUGGAAGGCCAGGAAAGCCUGCGCUCCGUGGACUGCCCGACCAGGUGGCUGCAGGAGGACCCCUGGUGUGGGAAGGACCCGUAGCUGGGCCAUCGAAAGACACUCACUGCCUGGUUUACAGGGGACCCCAGAAGACCCCUCCUUAGGCAUCUGCACCAAGGAUGUCACCACCUCUCACAAAAAGGCUGGACCCUAGUUCCUUCAGGUAAUUCCUCCUCAAACUUGAACCAACUUGUUUUUGACUGACACUGAGCAGUGAGAGAGUCCUCUUCCUCUGGAGAAACCCUCAGCACCCACCUUCCCCAGGGCAACCUGCGUCCACUGAGCCUUCCCUUGGCUGCCACAAUUCCACGUCUGUCCAGGAGCCUGCGCCCUCCGUCUCUGCAGGCAGGAGCAGAGUCCCAUGGUAGCCAGGUGGGUGAAGGGGACCGAGGACGUGUCACCUGCCCUGAAGAAGACUCCCUGUGACCUGCCAAGUGGUCUCAAGAGCUGGGCGAUGGACGCCAUUCACAUCAGCAUGUCCGGUGCCCCCCUGGUGAAGCACACUGCCGGGGCGGGACUCAAGGCCAGCAGACCCCGGGUCAUGUCCAAGAGCGGACACAGCAACGUGAGGAUCGACAAGGUGGACGGCAUCUACCUGCUGUACCUGCAGGACCUGUGGACCACCGUCAUCGACAUGAAGUGGAGGUACAAGCUCACCCUGUUUGCUGCCACUUUUGUGAUGACCUGGUUCCUGUUCGGAGUGGUCUACUACGCCAUCGCGUUCCUUCACGGGGACCUAGAGUCCAGGGAGUCCGUCUCCAACCACACCCCCUGCAUCAUGAAGGUGGACUCCCUCACGGGGGCCUUCCUCUUUUCCCUCGAGUCCCAGACCACCAUCGGCUACGGAGUCCGCUCCAUCACAGAGGAAUGCCCGCACGCCAUUUUCCUGUUGGUGGCCCAACUGGUCAUUACGACCUUGAUCGAGAUCUUCAUCACGGGCACCUUCCUGGCCAAGAUCGCCAGACCCAAAAAGCGGGCCGAGACCAUCAAGUUCAGCCACUGCGCGGUCAUCACCAAGCAGAACGGGAAGCUGUGCCUGGUGAUCCAGGUGGCCAACAUGAGGAAGAGCCUGCUCAUCCAGUGCCAGCUCUCGGGCAAGCUCCUCCAGACCCACGUCACCAAGGAGGGGGAGCGGAUCCUCCUCAACCAAGCCACCGUCAAAUUCCACGUGGACUCCUCCUCCGAGAGCCCCUUCCUCAUUCUGCCCAUGACCUUCUACCACGUGCUGGAUGAGACCAGCCCCCUCAGGGACCUGACUCCCCAAAACCUAAAGGAGAAGGAAUUCGAGCUGGUGGUGCUCCUCAACGCCACUGUGGAAUCCACCAGCGCCGUCUGCCAGAGCAGAACGUCUUACAUCCCGGAGGAGAUCCACUGGGGUUUCGAGUUUGUGCCUGUGGUCUCUCUCUCCAAAAACGGAAAGUACGUGGCCGACUUCAGUCAGUUCGAGCAGAUCCGGAAGAGCCCAGACUGCACCUUCUACUGUGCAGACGCCGAGAAGCAGAAGCUCGAGGAGAAGUACAGGCAGGAGGAUCAGAGGGACCGCGAGCUCAGGAGCCUUCUGUUACAGCAGAGCAACGUCUGACCCGGGGUGGCGCCUGGGCUCCCCUCCAGGGCCGUCCCCACAUCCGGGCUCCCUUCAAACACCUGUUUGCUGUGGAAAGGAAAACGUGUGACACACGCCACACACAGUGUGGACAUGCUCAGGCCGCGGGUCCCUUUCAUCUGGAGGCUCAACAAGCGCUUCCCCCUGGACAGGGUUCUUUUGAAGGGCUUCCUUGGAAGUGACCUCUAAGAAUUCAAGUUUUCUGAGAUGGGGAUGCACUUCAAAGAACGGGGUGUAGCGCAAUAGCAAUGACGUCCUGCUAAGUGACAGACAUUGAGCAAUGCUGAUCUUGAAAGGCAAUGCUUUUCCCUACAGGAAGGUCAGCUAGAAUGUGAGGUAUUUAUUUAAUCCAAGUAUCAAAGGCAUUCCUGUGGAGGGUUAAAAUGUGGGUCAGUAUUCACUUGUAUUAUUGCUCUAAAAUAGAUCUUCUUUUUGUCCAAGCAGAGAAAAUGUUAUAUAUAAUGAUGGCUAUCUGGUAAUGCUUCAAGAGGGACUGUACUCACAAAAUACAGCCAUUCCAUGUUGACCAUUCUUCAGCAGACUGAAUUGAUCAAAGCAGGAAUUAACAAUUGCAAAAACAUUCCAUGUCCCUAUGUUGUUAUUCCCACUAAAUAUUUCGAUGGGAUGUCUGAAGCCCCUUUCUAUUAAAAAAAAAAAUGUGGUUGAACAGCUGACAGCAUCAUCGGGUACCAGCUGACCUUGCAGGACUAGUGUCUGUAUCUCUGAAUAUCUGUGGAGAACUAACUCUGUGGGUCCGCUGCCUGGCCUCCAGACCCGUCCUCUCGUGAGCUCUUACAGCUGACCAAUGUUUCUUUCAGGCACUUCACCUCUUGCCUAUUAAAAUAGCUUGCCCACAAAGGAACUGCAGAGAAUUAUCCACUGAUGUCCACAGAGAGCUCUUGAGACUCGUGGCUGUCUCCUCAAGCUCAGAACACAGCUGGAUGAUCACGGUCACCAUAAAGAAAAUAUAAGUCUUAUGGCAAUACACAACGUUCGCUCAGAGGUGGUAGUUUAUGCACUUGGGUGGGCUGUGAGAGAGGAGAUGAGGGCAAGCAAUUCAUAAGCAGGAGGACCUCUUGAGCCAGACACGGUGGUGCAUGCCUAUAAUCCAAGCAGCUUGGGAGACUGAGGCAGGAGGAUCGAAAGCUCAAAGCCAGCCUCAACAACUUAGUGAGGCCCUAAGCAACUCAGUGAGACCC